UUGUGUGGCCAUCACAUUAGAAACUUAUGGUCUUAAGCUUGUCAUCACAUUUGUGUGACUAAAACUUUAGGGGUAAAAUGGAAAAUUCAAGUUAGUAGUUUUCAGAUUUAGAAAAGGAUCAUUCUUUUUAAAACAAACUUUAAAGGAAAUAGGGUCACAUAAAUGGGAAUGAAGGGAUCAUAAGAUUAAUGACUAACUUCUAGAAAGAAUACCAUUAUGUAUAGGAUGAGAGAAAUUUCAUGAUAUACUUCACAAAACUGGCAUUGUUUUGUGAGGAUCUUUUAUGGUUGAUAAGUGUUUUUGUAGGUCCCGAUCACACCUCACAAACAAACACCUCUCUUAUACGUCUAUUUAUUUUUCAAACCUUCUCUUUCAACUAUUUCCACUCCCACGGUCAGUCCCUCCUCCUCACACACCCAAGUUCUUUUUCUCUCAAACUCCUCUUAUACUUGAAAGGGCAUAGUUUUUUGUUGUAUCUUUCAUCUCCAUUAUUUUUUGAUUAUUUAACUUAAUAUUAUUAAAUCAUGGAUGAAACUUAUUUAGCUUCAUGCAACUGUCAAGAAUCUUAAAAGAAAAUGGGUUUGAUAUUCUUUCUGGCAUAUUUCAAUGAUUUCUUAAUUACCAGAUGCCAAAAGUGAAAUGAGUAGAACUAGAAAAAGAUAUCAUGGCAAAGUCUUGUUAAGGGAUUUAUUUAGAAUAGAAAAGGGUCAUAUUUUCCUUUGUACUCUUAGAAAAGGGUUAGAUUUACCCUUCAUUAUAUUUUUUGGUUAUAUUUGCCCCUACCAUCCAACUUUGGGUUCAUAUUUACCCUUUCAGCUGUUAAGUUCCACAUCACCCUUUUUAUUGUCCUACGUCGCUUCUAUGUGGCACCUACAUGGAUAUAAUCUUUCUCUAAUUUAAUUAUUAUACCUCACCCCAAUAUUAUAAACCAGAGUUGAGAACGCCCAAAGGGAGGUUGCUAGGGUUUCUGCAACUGCAGCGUAAUGGGGAAGGGAAUAGGAAGCUUUGGUAAGAGGAGGAACAAGAUCCACACACUAUGUGUGAGGUGUGGAAGACGGAGUUUCCAUCUCCAGAAGAGCCGUUGCUCUGCUUGUGCUUACCCUGCUGCCCGUAAAAGGUCAUACACCUGGAGUGUGAAGGCAAUUCACAGAAAGAUAACUGCAAUUGGCUGCAUGAUUCGUAACGUCCCUCACAAGUUCAAGACCAAUUUCAGAAGGUACUGAAGCAGCUCCAAGAAAGAAGGCAGCAGCUUCGGCUUGAGGCCUUUGAGACAGAUACUUGAGAGGCUAUUAGUGGUAGCGUAAUUUUGAUAUUUCGAGUGUUAGAGACUUAGAGCUAAUGGAGAUAAUUAUUGUUUUGUGUACAAAUUUGCAUCACCAUAUGCUUUUUAAAAUCAAUUUCUAUGUAAAGUGGUUACAAUAUUGGGGGUGAGGUGUAAUAAUUAAAUUAGAGAAGAUUAUAUCCAUGUAGGUGCCACGUAGGAUAAUGAAAGGGGUGAUGUGGAACUUAACAGUUGAAAGGGUAAAUAUGAACCCAAAGUUGGAUGGUAGGGGGAAAUAUAACCAGAAAGUAUAACGAAGGGUGAAUAUAUCCCUUUUCUAAGAGUACAAGGGCAAAUAUGACCCUUUUCCCUAUUUAGAAUGUUCCAUUUUUCUCUUUCCAGUAAGUAUUUUAUUCAUGCCCUUUGAGUUGCCUUAAAUUGUUUUUACUAAAACGAAUUUUAGCAACUAUCACUGGAAUCAGCAUAAGAUGAAACAGAAAUAGAACAAAAUUCACCUUUUUUUGGCAAAUAUGUAAUAGUAACCUCCAGAUUUACCUCAGUUUUUUUUUUUUAUAACCGUGGUGUCCGGGCCAGCUUUCAUGCACCUCGACUAAUUCCACGGGAUAUCGAUCUCCUCCCACCAGCAGGUACCAGUCCACCAAGGCUAAGAUAGAUAGAAAGAAAUCACCUAGUGUUUUUGUCUCUGCUGGGAUUUGAACCUGAGACCUCAUGGUUUUAAACCCACUUCAUUGACCACUAGGCCACACCCUUGUGUGCAUAUAACCUACAGAUUUACCCAAGUUUUUUUUCUUUUUAUUUUGGCUUCUUCAAAUUCUUACAUUUUGCUGCAAUAUACUGUGAUUCUCUUUUUCUUCUUAUGUUUCUCAUUCAUUACUUUGUGAGUUUCUUUAGAGUUUUGUGGUUGAACUCACCGAGUUAUUGAUGUUAGAGAGGAAGGUGUGACAAAAAAGAAAGGUCCGAGAAGAAAGGUACUGGGAGUGUGAAAACAAGCAAAGUCUGGGAAGUAAAAAAGAGAUAAAAGAAAAGGCGAAAAUGAGAUAUAAGAGAAAAUGGGAGUUUGUUUGUUAGGGAUUGGGACCCACAAAAGCCACAUGUCCUGAAAUAAAAAGCUCCAUACAACCAGUGUCAUUUGUGUGAGACAUAAUAAUAAGCUUCAUAGAAUGAUUGGAAUGACUUCACAGAGAAUGGUGGUCGACUCCGCUCAAUCACUUCGCAAAUUAUUGUUUACAACAUCCAGGUGCAAGCAAUAUCAAUGAAAUGAUCUUGACUUAUGAAACAAAAAAGUCAGACUAUUACAACAUCUCAGUGUAACAUCAAUGGGAUGAUCUCGACUAAAAGAAAUCAGAUAUGAGAGUAACUUGUACAAAGAACUGACUUGCAAUAUCUGGUCUCAGUUCAUUCCUGAAAUGAAAUUUGUCAUUUGAGUUCCAAGAGAAAGUGAAGUUGAAGAUAAAAGGAUGAGAUGCUUGAGAUUUGUGAGAUCUUCCACAAGGAAUACUCUAGAGAAAGAGCAGGUGGUGGCACCUAAAAGAUUGAUCUCUCUUCAGGAAACCUUUAUGCCAAUUUAACUGUAUACAAUUUUGACACUCUAGCUGAACUAGAUCCUUGCCUACUGUCAAGAAUAUCUAUAUUUGUUCAAGGGAGUAGUGUAGAAUAUCUAGAAUGUUAAUUAGGAGAUUACUUUGGAACAAUACAGUCCUUCUAAAUAAAGUAACUAAUUAAAAUGGACAAACAACACUCUUACAGCUUUGGUCUAAUGGAAAGAGCACAGUGCGUGAUGUGUGGGACUGUGGGUUAGGCACAUGUACGGGUUCCAACCCUGCCAUGGACAAAAGCCCGAUAUUUAAGUAGAGAAGGGUAGGGCCAAACCUAUUAUCUACCGAAUUUUGAACUGUGCACCACUGGAGGGAAUUGUCAGUUAUCAGGAAAAAAAAAAACAGACGAACAACUCCCAAGUCCUCCAUAAAGAAGACACUUUGUAUUGAGUUUUAAAAUUAAGAAUACUAACAGAUUCUGCAUCUCCUUAUUUCACAUGAUAUCAGAGCCAACAAGGGAAAACAUCGGAGUCUAAAUGCUUAGUCACCGGAAAUGUUUUCUAGCAAGAUUGGAAAGUGAUUCAUUCACUUUCUCCAAAACUGUAUCAAUCCUAAUAGGAAAUUGAUCAACCAACCAAAUCAAAACUUUGCCUCAACGAGAUGAACGUAGCAUCCAAUAUGUCUAAUCUCAUCAGCUUAGUGGCACGUGUCCAUCUCCAAUGUGUCCAUAUAGCACCAUCAACCAUAUCAUUCGCCCCUGUCUGCUCAAUCAUCACACCACAUAAGCAAAUUACAUUCCCUGCAAGGGUUUCAUGACAUCCUGAAUUGAAAUUAAAAUCUCCAAAUUUGACUCCUAAACAACAAUGGAAACCAAGAAACCGUAGUUUGUCUAAUGUUUACUUCUUUGAAGAAUUAGAUUCUUGGAGGAGGAUUUCAUUUUGAAGAGAACCAAUGUAUCACACACAGCAGUAGAAAUGGACAGGUCACCGCCAUAUGCUAGGAUAUACUUAGGUUUCCAUGCCGCAUCGCUAGCCAUCAAGAAAUAAAACCAUUAUACUUUUUGGUACUAAUUAAAGUCAGUUCCUAAAACUCAAGGUAGCUAAUAAGUCUUCAACCAUCUCCUUCGUACGUACCGAUAACUCAGCACGCCUCACUCACACUUCAUCUUUUGUUCACUCGAUUUCUGAUUCAUGUACCUUAGAUCACAUAUCUGGUAGAUAAUUUUUUUCAUAUCAAUCCACUCCUUUAUCACUAUCCAUAGCCAAACUUAUCAAUGGUACCAAAACAAUGGCUAAGGACACUUGUCAAGUCUCUAUUAUUCCACUAAAUCCUCAUUGAUAUGGUAUUUGAUUUUCCAUAUUAAGUUUCACAUAACUUACGUGAGUUCAAUACCGAAAACCAAAUGUUGUAUUGACUAUACAAAGAUUAUAUUAAUAAUGAAAUCAAACAUUGUGUAAGUUAAAGUCCGUUUGGAUUUUUAGAUGGGAGGAUAUUUUUAAAUGGUUCAGCGUUUCUUUGGUGAUGCCAAGAUCCGUGAAGGAGUUGAUGUUCAGCUGUAAGAGUGGAGCUAGGAGAAGAAAGCACAAGGCCUGGAAUGUUACUCCUCUUGCUUUAAUGAGGGCCAUUUGGAAAGAGAGAAAUUUGGAGAGAUUUUGAAGGGGUGGAGAUGAGCUUUGCUCAUUUGAGGAGUAGGCUCCAAUCCCUUAUUUACUUUAGGUGCACCCAUGUAGUUUCUCUGUAUAUAGAAGAUUGAGUGUCUUUUGGAGAGAACCAUGUUUUGUAGAUUUUUCCUCUUUUUGGUAUACCACUUGUAAAUGGUCAAGUUGACCUUGUUUAUUACCGAAGAAACCUUUUACUUGAUUUUAAAAAAAAAAAAAACAAUGCAGUGGGUCUUUAGGAAAUUCUGGCAUGCACCAGUAACUUCAAGAAAAUUUAAGAACAUGCAUCAUGGUUUGUGAUUCUGUGAUGGAUAAGCAAGUGUUUUGCAUCUUUAUUAACUUCUUAACACAUUAUCAUCUAUUCCAUAUAGUUAUACUUCUUUGUAGAUUGUGCAGGGUCAAGCAAGUCUCUCCUAUACUAGCCAUGAAAAAAUUCUACUUUGUAAGGUGUUUUGUUUCUCCAUAUCAAUUUUUAUGGGCAUACUUAUUCUUGUUCAUUUUGAGACAAAAAAUCAUAUCAAGAUUUCAUUGUGAAUAGGUCAUCCUUAUCCUAUGUUCCUUCCAUACUGUCCUAUCUGGCAUUAACUGUUGACCUUGGAAGCUUUCUAUCAUCAGUAGUUCCCGAUCAUUUCACCUUCUCCUUGAGGGAAAUUGGCUUGGUUCUUCUUAUGGUGUCAAAUGGGUGAGUUGGUCAAAUUUGGGCAUGUCAAAACAGUUGAGUCAAUGGACGGUCAUGACCUAACUCGCCUAAAAUCUGUUUGGGCCAAAAUGGGUUGGAUUGAGAUAGGUUAAAUUGCAGGUCAUAAGUCAACCCACCCAAUAGUUAUUAAUAUUGAAGCAACACUGAGUCAAAGUUACUCAACAUCUGCUUGGGUCAAUACUUGUGGAAGGUGAGACAUAGGAUGGGAAGCUGGGUGGAAGGUGGCGUGAAGAUGGUGCUUUCAGUCUUAGUCAAUGUUGGACUUCGACCAACACUUAGAUCAUAAGGCAGUUAGAAGAAGCAUAUCGCAAUAACUGAAUUCUGAAACUUUGGCCCUUAGACAAUACUUUGACACGAACAGAGUGCAACUGAAGAAUUUCACAGGUUUAUUAGCUGAUCAGUUUAAAAUAUGGGUCAAUUCAGAUAACAACCCAAUUGACUCAUUAAGAAAAUACAUAUGAUCCAACACUAAAAGUUUGGGCGAGUUCGGAGGAUUACACAUUUCUAGGUCAAAUUUGACACCUUAAACAACAAUAAAUCUAGUAUAUAGUUCCACAAAU